AUGAAAACAUCCUCAGCUGUUUCGUUCUUCCAAGCGGCAUUCUUUAGUCUACGUUUGUUCUCAACUCCAUCUCAGGUCACCUACAAAGUUGUUCAGCAAGUGCCUGAGAAUCAUACGUUAGGUGUCAUUGUAGAUAACGACAAGCUAUAUCCUCUCAGCGCUGCAGAUUCAAUUUCGACAUUAUAUCACACAGGCGAGGCACCCAGACCAAUUUUAGGCUAUCGAUAUGCUAUCAUCGAUAAAAACCGCGCUAUUAUCAUUGAACAAGAAAAUUUUCUUCGCAACCCAGUCAUCGAAGAUAGCACACUGAAUGAAUACUACAACAGAGCGUGGAACAUGAUGCCCGUGGAGAAACUGCCUGUGAUUAUGGAACCCCUUCCUAUCCUCAAUCGCAUUCGAUCUGACCUUCAUCUUGAAGGGCAAAUUCCAACAAUCCAUAUUACUGGCAAUCAAACAGCGAUUGAUAUCAUUCAUCACAACGCAAGAGAGGAUAUUCGUGUCCCCAACAUUAAAAUGACCUACAUUAGCCCCCACGAAGUCAAAAUAUUUGACAACAUUACUCUGUCUAUUGCAGGUCAUAGCACCCGGUCUCAAAAAAAGCUUUCUUACAAAUUCAAGAUACCUAAAAAGCAAGACCUCUUUGGAUACCGUCGCUUCAAAUUGAGAUCCAUGGCCACAGAUCCAUCCUACAUGAGAGACCAAUUAUCAUCUGAUAUUGCUGAAUCCAUUGGUAUCCCAACAACGCAGUACAGCUAUGUUCGAGUGUUCAUCAAUGAUAAAGCAGUCGGUUUAUUUGGCUUGGCUGAAAUGUUCAAGAAUCCAUGGAUUAGAAAUGUCUUUGCUAAAGGAGAUAAAAAGUUUAGACAAGGGGCUUUAUAUGUUGCAGAUGUUUCUGCUGGUCGGGAAGGUGGCCCACAAGGACCAGGUGGGCCAGGAGGCCCAAGAGCACCAGGUGGACCAGGUGGAGGCGGACCUGGGCAUGACGGGCCAAGACCUGACUUGAGCUAUCUCGGCGAUAAUGUCACUAUAUACAGUAUCAAGUACCCAGCUAAGGAAAACCCUUCCAAAGGAAAAGCCAAUCAUACCAGAAUCAUGGAUCUCAUCAAUUUCAUUUCGGUGCAACCUACUUCUGACGGGUCUAACACUUUUGCUCCUCUAUGGAAUAAUAAAGCAGAUGUCGAUAGUUUCUUGCGUGGAUUAGCUAUGGAAAUCGUUACCUCUAACGCAGAUGGUUACCUUACCAUGGGCAACAACUACAUCUUGUAUGAUGAUCUUGAACAUGAGCGCAUUCUGUUCAGUGGACAGGACUUUGAUUUGUCCAUGGGAAGCACCAUCUUCAAUGCAACUCUUAUGAAUGGUGGAAAUUACACUCAAUUUCCAGGCUUUUUGACUCGUCCAUUAGCUCCAGCAUUGCUCGCCAUACCUGCAUUUAAAGAAGAGUUCGAAAAGCUACUACUCAAUUUUACUAAAUAUUUGGUUAAUCCGGAGGUUUUGAAUCCUCGUGUCGAGCAAUUAUACAAAAUGCUUGAGCAAGAUGUCGCUUGGGACAAAGUGUUACCUCGCAUGAAUACCGGCGAAAGAAGCUGGGUAGCAGGUGAAUUGACAAAUAGCACUUUAGAAAACAAGGGAUUUAUUGGAGCUGACGACAUCCCUUUUGACCUUGGUGUGAAUGGACCUACCAAUGUAUCAAGCAAAAUGGGCCUGAAGGAAUGGAUUUCUCUUCGAAGUGCUAAUUUAAUCAACUUUUUGCAAACCCAAAAUUAG